GAACAAAAUAAGCAGAGCGAAGAUUUGCGUAAAAGCAGUUUUUUUUUUAAAUAUACCAAUAUCACAAAAUGGUUGGAAAAGUAAUCGCAUUGUGUUUACUCUUUGUGGCUGCAGCUUUAGCCGCUGAUCAGUGUGGGGUUUGUAUGAACAACUUUGUUUUAUGCAUAAAUGAUACGAGCUACAAGCUUUGUUAUGAUGAUGCAGAAUCGGCAGUAACAACAUUAAGUCCGAUCGAUGACGAAGUUUAUAAUUGCCCGUCCGGUGAAUACUGCACAAACUCUACUAAUGUGUGUGAGGCCAAUCCCGAUGGUGUAAACAUUACAGCUGUGUGUGAUAGCUCAAGCGUUACGUGUGGUAGUUGUACCGGGAAGAAAAGCGGGACGUUUGUUUGUGUAAGUUCGACGCAAUUUGCUAUAUGUACAACCACUGGGGCAUCUAAUGCAUUAUCAUGUAAUGCCGAUCAACUUUGCAGUGAGGACUUGCUUACCAAGUCCACUUUAAAGAAAGUGUGUGCGACACAAGCAGUACUAGAUUUCCUCGAGGCCAAGCAAACAUGUGCUAAUGAUGAUCUGGUAACACCAACAACAACAACUGCAACACCAGUGCCACAGGAUGACUUAUUGAAGGAUUGCAGUUCAGCGAACAACACUGCCGCUUAUUUUGAAAUACAAAAUACCGCAAACUGCAGAUCAUACAUUUACUGUGAACGUAGUAGCACCGGCUAUUUAGCGUUAGAGAUGUUAUGCAGAUCGGGUCAAUUUUACAGUGCAGCGCAGAAAAAAUGCAUUACGGCGGCAAAGUGCCCAAAUUAAAGAAACCAGACGAAAUAAGUCAUUAAAUAGCAAUAAAUAUGCCCAUUUGCAUGCUUCCAUAACUGUAUGAUUACACAUUUUAACUUGGGGCGAGCUUACACCGUCAUUCAAAUAAACACAUUUACUGGGCAUAUUUAUUUCACUUCGCACACUUUUGUUCGUUGACCACAGUCGCUCAUACCAAACGGCGACGAAGCGUUCAGGAGUGGCAUUUUUGAAUUUUAAAUAAUCACGAUACAAUAUUUGAUUUGUUGUGGGGCGAUGAAAGACUUAGUUAUGGCUAAGGCGAAUUCGAUACUCGGUUAACUUGGCAAUAAAAAUAAGCUUACGACAUGGCCCUUUGUAUAAACUCGCUCUUAAUUGAAACCAAAUAUUCUUAUAUCCUUAAUUUCAAGAUUUUAUAGAAGUUGUAUCAGAGCAUCAUAUACCGAUGAAUCUAAAAUAAAAUGCAGUUUUAAAAGAAA